AAUCCAUCCUAAUAUUUAGUGCCAUCUAAUGGUUAAAGCGUGCAUCGCCCUCAAAAGUUACAAAACAAUCGUGUCUGACGUCACUGCAUCGCAUGUGUAGAGGUGCUAAACUGCAAACAUCUGCAAAUAAACAGGGCUGAAAGGUGAAAUGGCGAGAAGAAAAGCUCAAACGGAAUCGGACCCUGCGAAACAGACGAAGAAUGUGAAAUCCAAAAAGAGAAUCAAUGAAGAAUCAUCUGAAACACUCUCCAAGAAACUGAAAGCCAAAAACGACGACAAGACGACACCCACAGCGGAAACCUACAUAAAGGCAAGUGUGGGAUGGAUUGGAGGUCAAAAGAAAUUGGGAAAAACUAGUAUACUUCACUACAUAUACCAAAGCUCCCUCGGACAGAGCAUCCAUGCACAACUUCGGCAGUGUCUGCAAGAGCCUUUUAUCCGCUCUCUUAGAGACUACAGACUGCAUCGCACAGCCAGCCCGUUUGACCGAAGAGUCACUUGUCUGGAUUGGCACCCUACCCAUCCCACUACUGUUGCUGUGGGAUCAAAGGGUGGAGACAUCAUCCUGUGGGAUUAUGAUGCACAAAAUAAGAGAACCUUCAUACAGGGGAAGGGCGCUGGUGACACUAUUGGGGAGAUGAAGUUUUGUCCCACAGAUGUGUCCAAGGUCUAUGUUGCUUCUGGUGAUGGUACUAUCUCAGUGCAAAGUUUUGAGGGCCUCCCAAGUCAGAUACUGUCACGAACCCCAGACUGUGGCCAUGAUCACCAUGAUCUUUGUUACUGGUACUGCUGUGUGGAUGUGUCUGUAAGCCGUCAGAUGCUUGUGACUGGGGAUAAUGCUGGAAGACUUCUUCUGCUAGGCCUGGAUGGACAUUCUAUCUUGAAUGAGAAAUUGCACACAGGCAAAGUCACACAUGCAGAAUUCAGCCCUCGAUGUGAUUGGCUGUUGGCAACAUCCUCUGUUGAUGCUACAGUCAAGCUGUGGGACCUUAGGAACAUCAAAGACAAAAACAGUUAUUUGACUAAAAUGCCUCACGAAAAACCAGUCAAUUCUGCAUAUUUUAAUCCCACUGAUAGCACCAAGCUGUUAACUACGGACCAGAUGAAUCAGAUCAGGAUUUACUGUUCAUAUGACUGGUCCAAACCGGAUCAAAUUAUUACUCACCCUCAUCGACAGUUCCAGCACCUAACGUCCAUCAAGGCAACCUGGCAUCCCAUAUAUGACCUUGUCGUGGCUGGCCGCUAUCCAGACGAUCGUGUCCUUGUCAAUGACAAGCGAACUAUUGAUUUUUAUGAUGCAAACAGUGGUAGGCUUGUGCAUCAGCUCAGGGACCCCAAUACCCACGGUAUUAUAUCUCUCAACAAAUUUAGUCCAACAGGGGAUGUUCUGGCAUCAGGCAUGGGGUUUAAUAUUUUGAUCUGGAAGCGAGAGGACACACUGCUGAACAGUGUUCAUGAAAAACAGGGAUUUGCAGAGGAGACAGCGGAGAACAGUGGAGGCAGAGCUGGAACCUCCAGAUCCCAACCCAGUGCUCGACAGCAAUCACAAAGAGGCAAAAGAGCAACUGAAGAAAAAGCCAAGCUGAAGAAAAAGCUGUCAUCACUGUCAACAACAGAGACCAAGGCCAGGAGCAAAACAGAGAGUAAGACUUUAAAGGCAAAGAAAAAGUGACAGACUAAGGACACUGGAUUUCAAAAUAGGAUAAUGAGCCAGUUUUAUUAGUAUAUUUGUAAUAUUUCAAUGUAUAAAGUUCUUGUUUGAUACGUUUCUAUGGGACCUAAAAUACAUUUUAUACAAAAUCUGGUUAUACAAUAAAAUAUUUCUUUAAAA